UCACUAUAAUACCAAGUGGAAAAAAAUGUUGGAAGAUUAAAGAUUCAUACCUGAACAAGAAAAGAAACUUGAUCUGCUAGAUGUAGUAGAUAGAUUGAAAGAUACUAAAUAUAACUUACAGAUGAGAUUUAUACCACUAAUAAAAGUUGCACCAUAUAUACCGACGGAGAAACAGCAGUCCCAUAACAUAAAGCUCAUUGAACUCUUUUAUACGGAGAAUUUAUAACGGAAGAUUAGAUUUGAUAUUGAGUCUGACAUGGUAGGGUUUGUUCUAUGAUUG